AUGUUUACAGAAAAGGCAAGAAAGCUGUGAUUCGAAACUGAAAACUGAAGAAUGAAAAUAAGAGAUAAAGUACUAAUACAUAAGUACUACUUAAAUGUCUUCAAUGGAAGUUUCUUGGGUAUGUGUCUUAUGCUUUUGACAUUUGGCCUAUGGCUUUUAUUUGAGAGAAACAAUUUAUUCAGUGUGUUAUUUUCUUCAGGUGAGAAGCAGUUAGUGGCAUGUAUUUCUUGUAUAUUGCUUGGAACGGGAUCUGUUAUUACUUCUACAUCAGCUGUGGGAUUCCUUGGAAGUGUUGUGGAAAUCAAAUGUCUACUAGUUACAUAUAUGAGUUUUCAGAUCCCGGUGUUUUUUACCCAAAUGGCAAUAUCAGUGCUGAUAUUCAUGAAGAAAGAAGAGAUCUGCAAUCAAUAGAACAACAGAACUGAUGAAGUCAUUUCUGAAUAUGGGAAUGAGAGUCUGGCCGAGCAGGAACCCGUGUGGAACAUUCUGAAUGCUGUGCAGCACAAUUUACAAGCUACAGGAUUUCUAUUCUACAUGGAAUGCUGUGGAAGAUACAAUGUCACACAGUGAGAAAGAAAUUAAAACAAGGAAAAUAGCACUCAGAUCCCAGGUUCAUGCAUAAAAUCUAGUCUGAAGAAAUGGUUUUGUGAUGUCCCAAGGCAUUCAACAUACA